AUGUUACGCAAUAUCUUGCUCGUGGGCUCUCUACUUACUUCUAGCAAUGCAGUGAGCUUCAAAGAGCAGGGCAGUCAAUUGGGUGAAACAGUCUCUGUAGGCUGUCACCAAGCCUGCACCCAACUUUCUACUACCUUUGGCUCUGCUUUCCAUUAUCCCGAAAGCGAUCGAAACUUCAUCAUUUGGGAUGCCAAGCAGUACGAAGUUCGCCCGGCUUGCCGUGUCGAGCCCUCCAAUGCGAGUGAUGUGUCCCGUGUGCUGGGUAUUGUCAUCGAUCAUUGGUGCAACUUUGCCGUCAAGGGUGGCGGUCAUUCAAGACAUCGCGAUGACUCAAAUUCUGUGGCCGGUGUCACGAUUGACCUUGGCCGCAUAAAUUCCGUCGAGGUCUCGAAAAAUGGCAACACAGCGCGCAUUGGCGGCGGUGCAACCACUGCAAAAGUUUAUCAUGACCUAGAUUCUCACGGCCUUUCUUUUGUCGGUGGACGAGUUGGGGCUGUCGGCGUCGGCGGGUUUACACUGGGAGGAGGAACGUCGCCUUUCUCCAACAAGUACGGCUUGUCUCUUGAUAAUGUCUUCGAGUAUGAAGUUGUCCUUGCCAAUGGUACUAUCCUAACUGUCUCUGAAGAUGAUCAUCCUGACCUCUACUUUGCGCUCCGAGGAGGAGGUAACAAUUUCGGAAUUGUGACUGCCUUCACCGUUCGCAUAUUCACUCAAGGUCCUGUUUUUACUGCUGCGACAAAAUAUGCCAGCAAUCAAACCGAGCAAGUUCUCGACCGGGUGUACGAUCUUUGGGCCGGUGAACUUGCGAGUGAUGUUGAGAUGGCCUACGAUAUGUACUAUGAGUACAGUCUAAAAACCGACCAAUUCAAUUUGAGAGGCAACCAGCGCUACGCGAAGCCCAUUAUGAACCCGCCUGUUUUCAGCAAGAUUGAGGAGAUCACCCCAUUGACAAGGUCCCCUAGAAUUGCCACCAUGGGCAAUAUGACGGGUAGCCCUGAGCCUAUGGGUGUCACCAGAAAUUUGUUUGCUACGCUCACCGUGCGACCAUCUCGUCCCUUUCUCACACAGGCCCUCAAGAUCUUCAGUGAGGAAGUGAGAAAAAUCAAGUCUGUUGAAGGUUUGAGUCCAGCUUUUAUUUGCUACCCUCUUCAAAAGAAUGCUUUGACCGCCAUGAGGCAGAGAGGGGGCAAUGCUCUGGGUAUUGACUCAGAUGGACCCCUUUUCCUCAUCCUACUUUCCACCGCUUGGAACGAUGCCAGUGGCGAUGCCGCUGUCAACAGAAUGACAGAAAACACUGCUCGAAGGGUCAAUGCAGUUGCCGAGAAGCUCGGAGUUGCAGACCGAUACCGCUAUAUCAAUUAUGCGUCAAAGGCACAGACUGAAGAGGUUUUCCCUGGAUACGGUGAAAAGAAUAUGCAAAGACUGAAGCAAAUCCAAAAGUCAGUAGACCCUAAGGGUAUCUUUACCUCAAAGGGUUUGUAG